AUGGAUGACGCAAGGAUUAACAAAGAGGCUGCAGCGGGUAAAGAUGGGGAACAAAGUGGGCCAUCUCACGAGUUUGUGAAAAGCGAAGCCUCAAGUCCAAAGCAACAAAGGCAAGAUCCUGCUGAUAUUUCCCCAUCUGUAUCUCCCGAGGCCAGUGGAUUGUUGUCAUUGCCAUGGGAGAUGGUAUCCCAAAUUGUGUCACACCUUCCGGCUCAUUGUGUCAUUUCUGUGCUACCAAAGGUUUGUUGUGCUUUGCGCAAUGUCGGGAAGGAUAGCACAGCCUGGCAGCUGCGGGCGCGCAGACUCAUCGGGUCUAACGUUAGCUUUCCAGUUGGGCCAAGGGAAGACUUCGACUGGCCCAUUGCUUGCUUGGAGAUGGAGAAACUGAUUUCAUGCUGGUCCAGCGUCGCACAGGUUGUGACAAGGGAGCCUCAAGAUUCUGCGGCGGACCAAGUAAGGGCCUUGCAAGAUGGGUUACCAGCGGCCGAGGGACAAGAAGAUGAUGGAGCGGAUGUUCUAGAACCGGAGAGAGUUGGAGUGCUUGAGGAAGCAUAUAAUGGUGAGGAAGGAGUGGUAUUCGGCGAGGAGCAUCUGGUCCAGUUGAGGGAAGUACUGGAUGAAAGAUUAGAAGAUCAUCAAGAACCAGUGAUCGAGGAAGUUGAGGAUCACCCAAUUUUAUUUGAAGGCCAAAAUGACGCUCCUGAUCAUCAGCAGGGGGAUCUUGAGUUUCAGGGUAAUGGAGGACAUGUAGAAGUAGAGCAUCAACCCUCCAGAAGUCCGAGUCCACCCCCAGAACUUGAGUGCAUCACUGUACUUUCAGGACAUAUUGGGGCGAUCAACUCCAUCCUCUUAUUGGGGGGUGAUGGGGCUGUUUGUGCCACGGGCUCCAGAGAUUGGGAUGUUAAACUUUGGAAUUUACAGGCAGACUCUGGCAACAUGCUUAUGCAUACGUUGACAGGCCAGGGCCACUUCAACACUCAUCAGGGCUGGGUGUGGUGUUUGGCAUCUCAGGGACCCCUUCUGGCUUCGGGGGGCUCUGACGAAACUGUGAGGUUGUGGGACCUCCAAGCUUGUGGGGCAGAGAGGGGCGUGAUCAAGACUGAAGCUGUCGUCAUCUGCAUGUCUUAUCUGCCAGAUGUAUUGCUGGCUGGUACUUUUAAUAAGAAGAUCCAAAUGUAUGACCCUAGAGCUGCUGUUCCAUUGGUGAAAACCCUUAAACACCAUAGCAAUUCUGUCCUGUGCCUGGCAGCAGACGAUAAGUACGUAAUAUCUGCGAGUAGAGACAACACUGUGGUCGUCCAUGAUCGCAGGGCAGACAAAAGAUUGAUUAAAGUUCGGCUGCGCUCUUACCUGCGUUCCAUGAGCUAUAGUGGCAGUGAGAUUUGGGGAGGUGACUUAAAGGGCAAACUCCGUUGUUUUUCCAUAAAGCAAGGGAUCAUAAAACGCCUGUCAUGGUUCGAUGUGGGGCACACAGCUAUGAUCACAGGCAUUAACAAGUCACCUGGAAGCCUCUAUACGUGUUCCUCUGACUUUACUGUCAAGGUGCACAUCCCUUGUGGGCCUCCAAAGACAUUAUGCACGAUGCGACACCAAGAAGGAGUCUUAGGGCUGAGUGUGGAGGCUGGAGUCCUUGCUGUUGCCUUGGGGAAUAUGUGUGUAGAAAUCUGGAGACCCACAAAGAGUGAGACUUGA